ACAAUGGGGAAACUCAACCACACUGCAAAGAUCCAAGUUACUGAGUUUAUUCCUGGACUCACCUCCAGCCCCAUCCUGAAGGCACCACUCUUUGGAAUAUUUUUAAUCAUAUACUUGGUCACUGAUCUUGGUUACUCCACAGUUAUUGGUCCAAAAAUGAUGGUAAACUUUAUUAUGCAGCAAAAUACCGUUUCCUACACUGGGUGUGCUGUGCAGCUGACAUUCUUUGAGAUUUUCAUCAUUACUGAGCUAUUUAUCCUUUCAGCCAUGGCCUAUGAUCGUUAUGUAGCCAUCUGUAAACCUCUUCUCUAUGUGAUCAUCAUGUCAGGGAAAAUGCGCUGGGCGCUGGUUCUGGUACCCUAUCUGUGGGUGACCAAGAGUAUAUUUGUGUCUCUACUUCUCACAGUUAAGCUAUUUACACUGUCCUUUUGUGGCUCUAAUGUAAUCAGGAAUUUUUAUUGUGACUCUGUCCCUCUGAUAUUUCUGCUCUGUGCUGACACACAUGAAUUAGAGCUGGUCAUAUUAAUUUUCUCAGGCUGUAAUUUACUCUCCUCCCUCUUAAUUGUUCUCAUAUCUUACAUGUUUAUUUUUGUGACAAUUCUCAGGAUGAACUCAAAGGAAGGAAGGUCCAAAACCUUCUCCACGUGUAGCUCUCAUCUGACAGUGGUGGUUGUAUUCUACGGAACUCUGUUGUUUAUUUACCUGCAGCCCAAAUCCAGUCAUGCUUUUGAUAUUGAUAAAAUGGCCUCUGUGUUUUAUACAUUAGUCAUUCCUAUGCUUAAUCCAUUGAUUUACAGUCUAAGAAAUAAAGAAGUAAAAGAGGCCCUUAAGAGAACUUUUACUCAUGGAUUCAGAAUCCACACUUAA